AUGGCCGACGGAAUCGAUCGACGAGCGGAUGACAAGAUGGAGUUUAACACCUCCAGGGAGGUCACCGUUGCUCCCACCUUCGAGGAUAUGCACCUGAAGGAAAGCCUUCUCCGUGGUAUUUACGCGUACGGAUACGAAUCGCCCUCAGCCGUUCAGUCUCGCGCUAUCGUCCAAAUUUGCAAGGGUCGCGACACAAUCGCUCAGGCGCAGUCCGGUACCGGUAAAACGGCUACUUUCUCGAUCAGUGCCCUGCAAGUCAUCGAUACAGUCGUUCGCGAAACUCAAGCGCUUGUCCUCUCCCCCACCCGCGAACUUGCGACCCAGAUCCAGUCUGUUAUCAUGGCCCUAGGCGACUACAUGAACGUUCAGUGCCACGCAUGUAUCGGAGGCACAAAUAUUGGUGAAGACAUCCGCAAGCUCGACUACGGCCAGCAUGUUGUCUCAGGUACACCCGGUCGUGUCGCGGAUAUGAUCCGGAGACGCCACCUGCGCACGCGCCACAUCAAGAUGCUGGUUCUUGAUGAAGCAGACGAACUCCUCAACCGCGGAUUUCGUGAACAGAUCUAUGACGUCUACCGUUACCUCCCGCCAGCCACGCAGGUGGUUGUCGUAUCCGCUACCCUCCCGUACGAUGUGCUCGACAUGACGACCAAGUUCAUGACCGACCCCGUCCGCGUUCUCGUCAAGCGUGACGAAUUGACACUAGAAGGCAUCAAGCAAUACUUCAUCGCCGUCGAAAAGGAAGAGUGGAAGUUCGAUACCCUAUGCGACCUUUACGAUACCCUCACCAUCACACAAGCCGUCAUCUUCUGCAACACCCGCCGAAAGGUCGACUGGCUCACCGACAAAAUGCGCGAGGCCAACUUCACAGUAUCAAGCAUGCACGGAGAGAUGCCCCAAAAGGAACGAGACAGUAUUAUGCAAGAUUUCCGCCAGGGUAACUCUCGAGUGCUGAUCUCCACCGAUGUCUGGGCCCGUGGUAUCGACGUUCAGCAAGUCUCGCUUGUCAUUAACUACGACCUCCCAACAAACCGUGAAAACUACAUCCACCGUAUCGGUCGAAGUGGUCGAUUUGGCCGCAAGGGUGUCGCGAUUAACUUUGUCACGAGCGAUGACGUGCGCAUUCUGCGUGAUAUCGAACUAUACUAUUCCACACAAAUCGAUGAGAUGCCCAUGAAUGUUGCCGACCUGCUCUCCUAA